UUUUUUUUCUCUACUACGGUCUGGUUUACCUAAAAGGUAUAUCUUGAAUCCACCUUUAUAGGCCAAAAAAAAUAACGCGAACAACAGCGACCAUUUACUUUUUAUACCGACAUUAAGAACAUGAACAAUCCUCAAGGUCCAGAUAAUACUCAUCAAUAUGUACAAAGUCAUCUGAUGCAUAACACCAAACAAUUACAAUAUAUUCGAUCGUGUUUUGCUGCGAUUGCUGGAGCGGCCGCUGGUAUUUUAGGACUCACAAACUGGUCUGGUUUCCUGUUUUAUGCGCUUUCUUGGUCUGUCCUGUGCAUUCUGUUAUUACUCAUCAAAACGUCAUCACCGUCGCAGCACUUUGUAAGUGGUUGGAGGGAUAUCGUCAUCAAUGGGGCUAUGAAUGGAUUAUUAUCAUAUACUUUAUUUCAUACGUUACUUUAUGGUCUUGUACAUUUAUAUCAAUAAACUUGUUUUUUUUUUUAUGAAAUCUUUUUAAAUAUCUAUCAAUGUUAUGUGCACGGAACAAAUGAUCAUGUUGAUAUUUUAUUAAUGAAUGUGAUGAUGUGUCUGUGAUGAUG